UAUAUUAUGAUGUAAUGCUCACGUGGGGCAGGACUCACCCAAACCGGAGCGGGGAAACAAUAAUUUUUCCAAAAACUAAAACCUCCGCUUUUUCCGCUCGCGAGUGUCCGCUUUCCGUUCCUCCUUCGCUUCCCCAUUUAUUUCCCCCCUUCCUCUCUACCCGAAGCUCCAUGGCGGAACCCCAACCGCCGGAGGCCCCCACCAACGGCGCCGCCACCAUCGCUGGCGAAACCUUCGUCCCGGGCUCCAAGCGGCAGCGUCGCCCCAGCGUCCGCCUCGGCGACAUAGGCGAGCAGCCCGCGGCCAUCACUUCCGAGCCCCACCUCCGCCGCGGCAAGCAGUGGAAGAUCUCCUCCUCCUUAGUCGGAGAUCAUCCCCGCCACCCCCUGCCGUCCAAGGACCCCUGGAAGCCCACCUCCAAGACCCGUCCCCUCACCAUCCUCGGCCCCGACGACCCCCGCGACGCCCCCGACCUUCCCCUGCCCUCCUCGUCCUCCGGCGCCGCCGGAGCCGCUGAGGACAGGGUCGUCCUCCCCGUCGACGAGAUCCCGGAGCCCGUCGCCGUCGCCGUCGCGAUCCGGCGGGGGAUCCGGGACGCCAAGGCUCGGCGGGCCGUCGCAAGGCGGGUGAGGUCGGCCUGGACUUCCAAGGUCGACGAGGGCACGGACGGCGCCGACAUGAAAUCGAGCGGCGGGGAGGACGCCGGAGAAGAAGGGUAUCGGGAGUUCGACGACCUCCGGGGGGGGGACUCCGAGUGCACGAGGGCGGCGGCGGGGGCUAGGGUUAGGGUUUCGGACAGCAGGGAUAUAGGUCCGGCCAGUGAUGCCGUGGAAGGGGAUUUGCCGUCGGAGACCGACGGUGGGGAUUGGGACAAUCAAAAUGGACGGUGCGGAUCGUACGAGGACGGCGAGGUCCGGUCGUGGCUGAACCGGCUGGGGCUGGGCCGGUAUGCGCCGGUGUUCGAGAUCCAUGAGGUGGAUGAUGAGGUGCUACCCUACCUGACCCUUGAAGAUCUGAAGGACAUGGGUAUCAAUGCGGUGGGGUCGAGAAGGAAGAUGUUCUGCGCCAUCCAAAAGCUGCAGAAGGGCUUCUUGUGAGAGUUCCUGUCAGGAAUGAUGUUGAAAGGGAAAAAGAAAGCAGUUUUGAAACUGGUGGCCAACAUGAGAAUUGCGAAUCUGAAAUGAUGGUUGAGAUAGCUGCCCUUGGUAGAUAACAUGGCAAGGGGCUGUUUUGAAUUGUAUUAGAAGUUACAACUAUGGUAUUUACUUGAUAUGUACGAUCGAUGUUGAUGGUAUGCUCAUCAAAAUGCCCUUCAGAGAGAAUCACAUGCAGGGAACUAUGCUUGUCCUGAUGCUGGUGGUUCUGUGCUUUUUCGGAUCAGUGGUAGUUGUAGCUGGGUCCUGCUCGCUUAUUGUUUGUGCCUUUCUAUUUUGGUCUAUAUGUCUCCGUUUUAUUUGCAUCUUUUAUUUGGAUCAUUGAGUUUGGCCUUUGCUGUUCUCCUCGUCUAUUUUGCGGACGCUGACAUCCAACUGGUGUUAUCUCAGUGCUGUACAGGGGAUGGAUCUUUGACGACACUUUUGUAGCUCUCCGUGUUCGAUCCUCAUCAUAUGUUCUUGAUGUAUAGUUGACCAUAACCUAAUUGCUGUUGAACAUCUGGCACAUGGCUUCUGUUCUUAAGCACAGCAGUUGUCAAAGUCUUAAUGUAAUCCAAAGCUGGUUUGCUGAUUUUGUUUUAUAAGAUGUGUGCUGCGUGCCGUGAUCGUGGUUA